CAUGGCGUCACGCAAAACACGGAAAUGAGCCCUGUUCGUUGCAAUUUGGUGGUUAAAAUGGCUGAGUAGUGAAGGAACUCCGGGUUUCAAUAAAAAAAAUUAAAUAAAUUGUCAGUUAAUUUUUAAAAGGCAGUGAAGGAACAGGGCUGUGUAGCGGUGUAAUCGUGUUGAGGGUGUUUUUACACAGCGGGGACUCCGCACCGGAUCACUAUGUCCCUGUUCCAGUCGGCUCUGGGCUUUCUGGCCGGUACCGGUUCCGCCGCCGCCAGCCGAGACCAGCACGACUUCGUGGGUCAGGUGGUGGAACUCGGAGACACCAAACUCCGUAUCAAGAGGGUCAUAGCUGAGGGUGGCUUUGCAUUUGUGUAUGAAGCUCAGGACCUGGGUAAUGGCAGAGACUAUGCUCUUAAGAGACUUUUGUCCAAUGAGGAGGAGAAGAACAAGGCCAUCAUCCAGGAAGUGUGCUUUAUGAAAAAGCUGUCUGGUCAUCCCAAUGUGGUUCAGUUCUGCUCUGCAGCAUCCAUCAGUAAAGAGGAGUCUGACACAGGCCAGGCUGAAUUUCUCAUCCUCACUGAGCUUUGUAAAGGUCAGCUGGUGGACUUUGUGAAGAAGGUGGAGCUGAAGGGAGCUAUGUCAUGUGACACUGUGCUGAAGAUCUUCUACCAAUCAUGUCGUGCUGUUCAGCACAUGCACAAACAGAAACCACCAAUCAUACACCGGGACUUGAAGAUUGAGAAUCUGUUGAUUAGCCAGCAGGGGACGAUAAAGCUGUGUGACUUUGGCAGCGCCACCACCGUCACCCACUACCCAGACUACAGCUGGAGCGCACACAAAAGGUCCAUGGUGGAGGAUGAGAUCACCAGAAACACAACUCCAGCCUACAGGACCCCGGAGAUGAUUGACCUCUAUUCCAACUUCCCCAUCAAUGACAAACAGGACAUAUGGGCUCUGGGCUGUAUCUUGUACCUGCUGUGUUUUAAGCAGCACCCGUUUGAGGAUGGAGCAAAACUCAGCAUUGUUAAUGGCAAAUACAGCCUUCCAGAGAACGAGAACCGCUACACUGUCUUCCACCAGCUCAUCCGCUCCAUGUUGAAGGUGAACCCUGAGGAACGCCUAUCCAUUAGUGAGCUGGUCAAUCAGCUGCAGGAAAUUGCAGCCGCCCGUAACGUCAACCCCAAAUCUCCUAUCACUGAGCUGCUGGAACAGAACGGAGGAUUCGGCAGCAACGCUGCACCACCACAAACACACACCAACAACACACACCCUGCAGGUGUGUAUGGCACUGAUCCUGACCAGGGGAUGGGAGGCUUUUUGGACAUCCUUAAAGGAGGAACAGAGCGAUUCCUCACCAACAUCAAAGACACAUCCUCUAAAGUCAUUCAGUCUGUGGCCAGUUAUGCUAAAGGAGACCUGGAUGUGUCCUACAUCACCUCCAGAAUAGCAGUCAUGUCAUUUCCAGCUGAAGGGGUGGAGUCAGCCAUUAAGAACAACAUCGAAGACGUGCGUCUGUAUCUAGACUCUCGGCACGCCGGUCACUACGCUGUGUAUAACCUGUCCAGACGCUCUUACAGACCGACCCGCUUCCAUAACCGGGUAUGGGAGUGUGGCUGGCAGGUAAGGCGUGCUCCCACUCUGACCAGUCUGUACAGUGUGUGUAAGAACAUGCACCAGUGGCUCAAACAGGACCAAAGAAACGUCUGCAUCGUACACUGCUUAGACGGGCGUGCGGUGUCAGCUGUAGCAGUGUGCUCGUUCCUGUGUUUCUGUCGUCUCUUCUCCACAGCCGAGGCUGCAGUCUACAUGUUCAGCAUGAAGCGCUGUCCACCGGGUAUCACACCCUCACACAAGAGGUACAUUGAGUACAUGUGUGACAUGAUGGCAGAGGAGCCCAUAAUCCCCCACAGCAAGCCCAUAAUGCUCCACUCCAUCGUCAUGACGCCCGUGCCUCUUUUCAACAAGCAGAGAAACGGCUGCCGGCCCUUCUGUGAGGUCUACGUGGGAGACGAGAGAGUCGCCACCACCUCACAAGAAUAUGACCGGAUGAGGGACUUUAAGAUGGAAGAUGGCCGAGCUGAGAUUCCCCUCAAUGUGUUGGUGCAAGGAGACGUGCUGAUUGUCAUCUACCAUGCACGUGCCACACUUGGAGGACGCCUUCAAGCCAAGAUGGCCUCCAUGAAGAUGUUCCAGAUUCAGUUCCACACUGGUUUUGUGCCUCGAAAUGCCACAACCGUCAAAUUCGCCAAGUAUGAUCUAGAUGCAUGUGACAUCCAGGAGAAAUACCCUGACCUCUUCCAAGUCAACCUGGACGUGGAGGUAGAGCCUCGUGAUCGCCCUGCCCACAAGAAUCCACCCUGGGAGAACUUCUCCACUAAAGGCCUCAAUCCCAAGAUCCUGUUCUCCAGCCGAGACGAGCAGCAAGAGAUCCUGACUAAAUUCGGGAAGCCAGAGCUUCCUCGACAGCCUGGUUCUACAGCGUUCUAUGACUCGGGCUGUACAGAGCCAGAUCACUCUCCUGAGGAACAGAACGCAGACUCUCCCUCACCUCCCAGCACCAGCACAGACUCCAACGCUAACAACUUCUUCCAGACACUGGACUGGGAGGACAUAGGCAGGCUGCACCAUCACUCUGACGGUGUGCCUGGACCACUGGAUGAGCAGGACGAUCUGAGUGGUGUCGAAUCAGGCGAGGAAUCGGUCUCUUACUCCGCCCCUGCGGAGGGAACCAUGUCACGUGAUACGAGUGAACCUCUGUUUGAGGCAGAGUUCAUGACUUCUGACCCCCAGCUUGACACUGAGGACCUGCUAGGCCUGAACUCUGACCCCUGCCCUUCUGCCAUCACCCCAGAAACAGGAAUGAAGACCUGCUCAAGUAACAGUGAUUUGCUGAAUGACCUGUUUGGCUCCGCCCCUGGCCCCUCCCAUACAGGGGACACAGAGGACCUGUUUUUCAGCAACUCAUCCAGCCAGCCUUCAGCUGCCCCCAACACAACUGCCACCACUUCUACUGCCCCUAAAUUGAAUGACCUGUUUGACCCCUUUGGUGUGGGGUCAGGGGUCACAGGUGGAUCAGACCUGUUUGGUGACCUACUUGGAUCAGAUGGCAGUGGUUUCAAAGCUCCACCUCCUGCCACCAAUUCAAGUCUCUUUAACCUCAAUAAACUCACGGGGGAUGUGCCUAAGAUGACCUCAUCAGCGAGUCAACCUGAUUUAUUGGGUGGCUGGGAAAGCUGGACCACUGGAGCCUCCAGCACGGCAGCUAGCAUGUCUGCUAAUGCUAAAAAAACCACCUUCACUGCUCCAGGUGUGUCCUCAUCCUUCUCAAAGACCAAGUCUCAGAGCUUUGACCCCUUCGCUGACCUCGGGAACCUGGGUACCACUCUGCCAGGUUCCGGAUUUAAAGCAGCGCCCCCUGCUGGAACAUCAAAGAGCUCGAGUCAGUCACGGCGGCAGCAGCAGCAGCCUUCAUCUCAACCUGCUAAUAAACCCUGGGCACCUCCAAACUCUGUCCCUAAAACCAGCACCACCCAAUCAGGAAAACCCAACUACAACCUCAACUUUAGUGUGAUUGGAGGACGAGGGGAGCGAGGACUCAGGGGGCCAGGAUUUGGUCCAAAGCCCAAAGUGAAGGAGGAUGAUUUUGAAGAUUUGCUAUCCAAUCAGGGAUUUGGUUACAAACCUGAUAAAAAGGGAGGGGCUCGCACCAUUGCUGAGAUGAGGAAGCAGGAAAUGAGUAGAGAUAUGGAUCCACUGAAACUACAGAUCUUAGACUGGAUCGAGGGGAAGGAACGGAAUAUCCGCGCUCUGCUCUUCACGCUACACACAGUGCUGUGGGAGGGAGAGACACGCUGGAAACCUGUCAGCAUGGCUGAUCUGCUCACACCUGACCAGGUGAAGAAGUUCUACAGGAAAGCAGCCCUCAUCGUCCAUCCUGACAAGGCGGCAGGGCAGCCGUACGAGCAGUACGCCAAGAUGAUCUUCAUGGAGCUGAAUGACGCCUGGUCAGAGUUCGAGAACCAAGGUUCUAAACCGCUGUUCUGAGUGACGGUACCACACAGGUCUCUCUCAGGAAACAGCGAGAGAGUGAUGGAGAGAUAGAGAGGAGCUUCUUCACACAGAAAUCUGCUACAGAGAGAAAGAAACACACAACAUGCCUUUAACAGACAGACAGACAGACAGACGACACCCAUGAACGGACCGGUCUGUCUCGGUGAAAGUACAAACAGUUGAAAGAAAUCCUUACCUGCUCUCACACCACGUGUGUGUGUGUGUGGGGUUAAGGGAACAGUGAAGGGAUCAAGUCAUUUAUUUUUGUUUUGUUUUUUAAUCUUAGUGUUCUUUCAUCUUUUUCUGUUAUUUAUGUUACUCAUUACUUUAUCACUAAUCAGUAUAUUGUCUUAUCGCUGUGUGUGUUGGUCAGGUCUGUGUUGGUCAGGUCUGUGUCACUGUGUGUGAGCUGAAAGUUUAUGAACAGCUUGGUUAGUCCUAUUUAUUGUUUGUGAGACUGUACACAGGCUGCUGAUGUCACAGCUGAGGAAAGAAACAUGGCGAAGACUGUGUGUGUAAAAUCAUUCCAAAGCAUCUACAGACGUGAAUGUGCUUUAUAGAAAAUUUCAGCUGGAAUGUACCAUAACUCUUCCUUAAUACUUCUCUACUUUCAUUUCUUCCUCAUUUUUCAGGGACGCACAGAUUCAAGGUCUGAAAAAAGUGGAUUAAAUUAAAAAAAGAAAUACAACAUUCUGAUCUGCUCCCACUGUGUUUAAUCCAGUAAUCAUUAAUGAUCAUUAAUAUCAAUUACCAGCACCACUAUACAGUGAAUCCACUUCAGAGCUCUCACCCAGCUGCGUCCCUUCUUUCUUAUAUUUUCCUUAAAAAAAUGACCAAAUGUAAAAUAUUAACCUGUAUAUCACAUGAGGGUGUGUGUGUGUGCGAGAGAGAGAAAAUGAAGCUUUUGAUUAAGAUCAUGAAAUGAUUAGCUGGUAUCUGAUGACAGAUUUUAACUCACUGGAGUGAAAGUAUGUUUAGGAUAAAAAACACAGUGAUGCUGCUGAAGGACCUGUGCAGUAUUUGUGGCAUUGUAGAGGCUGAAUCGUGCCCCUGCACAUGCUGAGGAGGAGACGAUGAUGAAUGGCACGUUAGAUCAGUUACAGCUCAGUGUCUCACACACAGACACACUGAAACAUGCUGGAUUACUGAACGUGUAUCUGUGUUAGAACACAGUAACUAACCAGCAGGGACACAGAGAUAACCUGCCAGUUCAUUUACCCUGGUCACUCUCUUAUGAAUGACUUACGUUACUGCACUCGUCUGUAUUCAGCUGACUUCAGCUGGGAAAACCUCCAAUCUUCAUCACACUAGAAACCAGAAAUGAAAGCUAAAAGCUUGUUGGGUACCUGCUGGUUAGCGUGAAUCUUCAGCAUCUUAAGAUUUGAAGGAAAUGUAGAAUUUGAUCAAACUGAAUGUGAUGAUUGUCUCCGUGCUCAUCAGAGUGUUCUUGUUCAUUAUCCUUCCAUCCUUUGGAGGAACAGAACUCUAAAAUAAUGCUCUAUUUUGCUAAAGGACAUGCCUCUUUAUUUUUUGUUUUUUCCCCCCCCAGAUGUUCAAUUCAUUCAGGGCCUUAAACCCAAGUUUCCUGUUAUUUUCUUAAAUCAGUCUUACUAACGUCUGAUUUACAUGAUUCACUUGUUCUUUUUGGACUGUAUGAAAAAUAAAUCACAAUCAACAUUUU